GUGUCGCAUGCCCGGUGCUAGAGGCAGCCGCCCCCUACAGCAGGGGGCAGAUUACACCGGGCGCAGGCCCCACAGGGUGGAGGAAAGCCCGGCCACAGCCGGGAGAAGGACCCCCGCUCCCUGCACUGGAAGGAGGCGGGACCCCUUGCAGCGAGCCGGGAGGGGGUGCAAAGCUCCCCGCACCGCGUAGAUCUCCUCAGGGAGGGGCUCAGCCCGCCAGCGGCGCCAGGGCGGCGCACGGAGGGGGACGAGCCCACGCCCCAGGGCGGCCUUUGGCCUCCGGCAGCGGCGGAUGCGGGCAGGCGCUGCGGCCCGGAAGGCGGCUACUGAGCACCGGGAGCGGGCGGGGUCGCAGUGACUGAGGCUCGGCUUGGAAAUCAUGGCGACCCGGCGGCUGCUGCUGCUCUCCCCUGCCUCCGGCCUGAGGGGGACUAAGGCCCUGGGCACUCCGGCGGUCCCCGGGCUGCGGAGGGGCUACAGCAGCGCCGACUCCUCCCAGUACCUGCACCUCAGCAUCGUGCCCACCAUGCACUUCCAGAAAAGCCUGCCCAGGUUGCCAAUUCCCAAACUAGAAGAUACUGUUAGGAGGUACCUGAAUGCCCAAAAGCCUCUCCUAGAUGAUGAUCAGUUCAGGAAAACUGAAGAACUUGCUUGCAGCUUUGAACAUGGAAUUGGAAGAGAAUUGCAUGAGCAGCUGGUUGCUCAAGACAAGCAGAACAAACGUACUAGUUACAUCUCAGGUCCCUGGUUUGAUAUGUAUCUAAGUUCACGUGAAUCUGUUGUUUUGAAUUUUAACCCAUUUAUGUCCUUCAACCCUGACCCAAAAGCUGAAUAUAAUGAUCAGCUCACACGAGCAACUAACAUGACUGUUUCUGCUAUGCGUUUUUUGAAGACCCUCAGGGCUGGCUAUCUAGAGCCAGAGGUUUUUCACCUCAAUCCAGACAAAAGUGACACUCAAACCUUUAGGAGACUCAUCCGAUUUGUGCCUUCAUCUCUCUCAUGGUUUGGUGCCUACAUGGUCAAUGCAUACCCCUUAGAUAUGUCUCAGUACUUCCGGCUUUUCAAUUCCACACGAUUGCCUAAGCUCAGUCGAGACGAGCUUUUUACAGAUGAAAAAGCAAAGCACUUGCUGGUGCUCAGAAAUGGGAAUUUUUAUGUAUUUGAUGUCAUUGAUAGAGAUGGGAAUAUAGUGAAGCCUUCCGAAAUACAAGCACACCUGAAAUACAUACUUAGUGACAACAGCGCAGCCCCAGCCUUCCCUCUUGCAUAUUUACCCAGUGAAAACCGAGAUAUAUGGGCACUACUGAGACAGAAGCUUCUUGAUAAUGGUAAUGAGGAAGUCCUCCAAAAAGUGGAUUCUGCUGUCUUCUGUCUAUGUUUAGAUGACUUCCCCAUUAAAGAUCUUGUGCACUUGUCCCACACCAUGUUACAUGGAGAUGGUAUUAAUCGCUGGUAUGACAAAUCCUUUAACCUUAUCCUAACCAAAGAUGGCAAUGCGGCCAUUCAUUUUGAACAUUCCUGGGGAGAUGGUGUGGCUGUGUUAAGAUUUCAGAACGAAGUGUUUAAAGACAGCACCCAGAAGCCAGCUGUCACCCCACAAUCUCAACCUGCUGCAGUUGACUCUUCCAGUGCUGUGCAGAAACUCAGCUUUAAGUUGAACGAUGCCUUAAAAGCAGGAAUUACUAAAGCCAAACAGAACUUUGAUGCCACUAUGGAAACCUUGACUCUUGAUUUUAUUCAGUUUAAGAAAGGAGGCAAGGAGUUUUUAAAGCAGAAGAAGGUAAGUCCUGAUGCUGUGGCUCAGCUUUCUUUCCAGAUGGCUUUCCUUCGGCAGUAUGGCCAGACUGUUGCCACGUACGAGUCUUGCAGUACUGCAGCUUUCAAACACGGUCGCACAGAGACCAUCCGUCCUGCCUCCAUCUAUACGAAGAAGUGCACGGAAGCUUUCGUCAGGCAACCUUCCAAACACAGCACAGAGGAGCUUCAGCAGAUGAUUGCUGAGUGCUCAAAGUAUCACGGCCAAUUGACAAAAGAAGCUGCUAUGGGUCAAGGAUUUGACCGGCAUUUGUUUAGUUUGCGUUAUUUGGCAGCAUCAAAAGGUAUCCCAUUACCUGACGUCUACCAGGACCAAGCGUAUGCUCAGCUUAAUCACAACAUUCUGUCCACAAGCACAUUGAGCAGCGCAGCUGUGAAUAUGGGAGGAUUUGCUCCAGUGGUGCCGGAUGGCUUUGGUGUAGCCUAUGGCGUGCAUGAUGAUUGGAUUGGCUGCAAUACUUCCUCUUACCCAGCCAGGAAUGUGCACGAAUUCCUCCAGUGUGUGCAUAAGUCACUGGAAGAUAUUUUUCAUGUUUUAGAAGGUAUGGAGGAGUCAAGCAAACUACCACGAGGAGGAGAAUCAGCUAGAUUUUAACUGUAACCAGAUUACUUCAUCCAAGCAGCACAAUUUCAGAUUGAGAUCUGCACUGUUCUUUGUCUGCAUAACCUACCCUUUCUAGCAGAAACUGACCUGAGAUAACGACACUUAAGUCUCCACGGGUGAAUGGAUGAGCGUGGUGUUGCCACUGCUCAGGCAGUCUCGCCACUCCUCCUCCCCAAACAAUGACACUAAAGGAAAUUACUAGGGAAUAAAGAGAUCAGCCAAGGUGGCUGCAGUUCUGGGAUCCAGCACAUAAAGCAAUGGAUGCAUUUCCAAAGAAGGUACAGAAUAUGCUCACAUUUUAGAGUUCACAGUUGGGGUUAAAAAAAAAAUUGGUAUUUAAAUUACAGAUUAAUGUUUUGUUGGUCAACAAAAUUCCUCAAGAAUUUAAGAACAACGACACAAAUUAAAGGAUGGUCAAUGUAAGAAGCCUUCCUGUGAGCUACUUGGAUUCUUUUUAUUUUUAACCAAGUAAACAAACAACUGGCUAGGGUAUAAGGAGAACUCUUUCCUGGUUUUGCAAACAAACGCAUAUGGGACCUGCUUUUCGAUUCCUUGUAGACAUAAAUCCCCACUAGCAUCUAUGAGAAGAUUCAGUGUACAAGGAAUGUGCUCUCUGGACAUAAAUUUUAAAGUGUUUUGGGAUCUGCGAAAACUAAGAAUUUAGUCAUACACAUCCCACAAUGCGUGACAAAUGUCAAUGGGAGUGGUGCAUUUAGAUCAGACGUACGCAGCCUUUACAUGAGCAGAAUCACAAGCCCCGGGGGGGGGGGGGGGGGGCAGGGAGAAGAAAGCAGUACAAAGAGAAGAUGCAUCUCCACCGGCCACACUACAGAACUGCAACAGAGCAAAGAAUGAAAGUGGAAGGGAUGCAGAGCCAACAUUACCCAGUACACAUUUAACAGAGAUCCAUGGAACAUCAAACCAUGUGACAGGCUGCUGUAAUUCCAGCAGAAUUUACUCCUGAGGGAAUUCUGCGCCAAUGUGCAUGCACGGAAUUCAUGUGCCCCACAGAUUUCUUCGCUUCCCUGCAUAAAAAUGACUUUCUGACAGGGAAGCAAGGGAAGCUGCAAGAGCAGUCAUGCACCACUCCCUUUCAGUACACAUACAUAGUUUAAGGCACCUGGAGCAGCCGGCGGAGAGAUAAAUCACCCUAGGGCUGUGGACACCCCAGCCAUGCUAGUCCCGGCUGUGCUGGAGGCAGGAGAGGACAGGACUUCCUCUUCCCCUGCACGCAGUGCCUGGGACUGUGUCAGACCCUCCCCCAGGAACCUCCCCCAGCUGCAGGAAGCUCAGAAUCCUCCCCUGCUUCCUGCCCCCA